GUAUCUAGUGGAGUUUACACAUGUACCAUACCCCAGCCUCCCCUUUGUAGAGGCUCUUGGCUUUCUCUGCCUGCCCUCCACCCUCCUUUGCCUCUUUCCAGUUGUCCAUGACCCCAUCCCAUCCCUUUCACCACCGUCCCUCUUCCUCCUCCCCUAGCUGCACUGCCCCUCGCGGCCACUUCCCCUCAUCAUAACCCGCCAUCCAGGGUAAGUCCCUAAUCUUCCUUGCGGCACUCACUCUCCCUGUGCCGAGAGAGAGAGACGGGAGGGAAACGGGGGCUGAGAGAGAUGGGUGCAGAAGCAAGAAUUUUCCCCAAUUCAGAGCCCGGAAUUGCUCUCCUGACUAAUUGUAGUUGGUAGGACGUACUUGUAGGCCGGAGGCGAGAGAGUCACUGCUGGGUAGUCGCUGCACCGGUCAAGUGAUGCUGCUGCAAUUUUCUAUUGCCUAGGCCCCUGCGAGGUGGUAGAUCAACGGAAUUUCGUGUCUUGGGCAGGGGAAGGAAAGGUGGCGGCGGCCAUGCUGCACCACCAUGGUGGCGCCGGGUCCCCGUACAUGGCCCCGACGACGGCCGGCACGGACCCGUUCUCGCCGACGCCGACGGGGCCCGCGUCCGUCGCCGCCAUCAUCCCUCCGCCGCCGAUGGUGUUGCAGGCUGCGGCUGCGGGGACGACGAGGGGUAAUUUCGAGGAGCUGCCAGCGGGCGGCCCCAGCGCAGCCGCCGCGGCCGGCCUGCAGGACGACGACUUGCCAGCCGACGUCGUCGGCGCCGGCGGCGCGGGAGCUUCGGGUUCCGGCGGCGGCCACCGGUGGCCGCGCGAGGAGACGCUGGCGCUCAUCGGGAUCCGGACGGAGAUGGACGCCGACUUCCGGAACGCCCCCCUCAAGGCGCCGCUCUGGGAGGACGUCGCCAGGAAGCUUGCGGGGCUGGGAUACCGCCGGAGCGCCAAGAAGUGCAAGGAGAAGUUCGAGAACGUGGACAAGUACUACCGGCGCACCAAGGACGCCCGAGCCGGGCGCCAGGACGGCAGGAGCUACCGCUUCUUCGCGCAGCUCGAGGCGCUCCACGCCGCGGCGCAGCGGCAGGCCACGGGCAUGGCGGCCGCGGCGCGAGGCGACCAUCAGCCGUCGGCAACAAUGGCGUGGACGGCUGCCCCUGCGGAGGUAGCAGGCCCUCCCGCCGGCGCCGGCCUGCCGGACCUCAGCUUCUCGUCCAUGUCGGGGUCCGGAUCCGAGUCCGAGUCGGACGACGACCUCGACGCAGGGGUGGCGGGCCCCGACAAGGGCGAGAGCGGCGGAGGCGGCGGCGACGACGGGGAGAUGAUGGCCAUCUUCGAGGGGAUGAUGAGGCAGGUCACGGAGAAGCAGGACGCGAUGCAGCGCGUGUUCCUGGACACGCUCGAGCGGUGGGAGGCGGAGCGCACGGCGCGGGAGGAGGCGUGGCGGCGGCAGGAGGUCGCCCGCAUGAACCGCGAGCGGGAGCAGCUCGCCAGGGAGCGCGCCGCCGCGGCCUCCCGCGACGCCGCGCUGAUGGCGUUCCUCCAGCGCGUCGGCGGGGGGCAGCAGGGGGAGCCCGUGCGGCUCCCUCCCCCGGUCGCCGUCGCCCUGCCCAUGCCCGACCGCACCCCUCCGUCGCCUCGCCAUGACGCGGCGGUCCAGGCCACUUCGCUUCAGCCGGUGCCCGCGGCCGCGCCUUCCAAGCCGGAGGAGGCCCGGGCGUGGGCUGGAGGCGAGGGUAGCGGCAGGUCGAUGCCGUCGCGGUGGCCCAAGGAGGAGGUGCAGGCGCUGAUCCAGCUGCGGACCGAGAAGGACGAGCAGUACCACGACGCGGGGGGCAAAGGGCCGCUCUGGGAGGACAUCGCCGCCGGGAUGCGUAGGAUCGGGUAUAACCGGAGCGCCAAGCGCUGCAAGGAGAAGUGGGAGAAUAUCAACAAGUACUACAAGAAGGUGAAGGAGAGCAACAAGAGGCGCCCCGAGGACUCCAAGACUUGUCCCUACUUCCACCAGCUCGACGCCAUGCACCGCAAGAAACGCUUCGCCGGCGGAGGCAGCAGCGCCGCACCGGGAGCGUAUAAGGCCGCCGGCGCCGGCGCCGGUGCCGUCACACUGCAGGAGAAACCGAACCUGCGCGAGCUCGAGGGGAAGAGCAGCAACGAUGCUGACCGGUUGAGGAACGAUGGGCAGGGAAACGUGCAUGCUCCUCCCCGUCCCGGCAACGGCGAGACGGCACCAACGACCACCGAAAACAAGAAUUGACGUUGCACAGACGGCAGACGAGACGGAGAGCGACGACAACGACAUGGGAGGCGACUACACUGAAGAAAGCAACGAUGAAGACCAAAUGAAGUACAAGAUGGCCUUCCAGAAGCCUAAUGUGAUCGGGAGCAGUGGCAACAAUGCUGCACCUGCACCACCAGCGACGGCUGCGGCACCGACGAGUUCAGCUGCCCCCACGAGCAGCACCUUCCUUGCCGUUCAGUAGACGGCAAUGCUGCCGGACCCGAAGCCAGCUGAUCAGCACCUGCGCAUCACCACCUUUUCCGGCUCAUAAUCACCAAUUAUACUUGUUCUGCCUGUGAUACUGGCACCAUCCGCAUACCAUUUAUUUGAUUUGUUUCUGCAAUAACCAAUAAGCAUCCAAUCAUGAAAGACAAAAAACAAGGAGAGUGAGACUGAAGAACAGAGGAGGUAGCAGAGGCGCCUAAACAAAAAGUUUCUUUUUUCCCCUUACCAUAGUUCAUGUUAUACUUAGCUUAUUUCCAACAAUUGUACAUUCAUGUGACAGUCUUAACUUCUGUAGUAAUUUCCAAUACAAUUUGGUCAGGAAUUUGGAGCAUCCAAUUUCAGCUA